GAUAAAAUUGCAGCCAUGAUGGACGGAAUAGAUGAUAGCCCCGACCUUUUGGCGGGCGAAGGGGAAGACAAAGACAGAGCAGAGAGUGUGGAUUUGUCAACAGAUACAUCAUUGCUUGUAGACAUAUCAGAUGCUCUUAGUGAACGAGAUAAAAUAAAAUUUACAGUACACACAAAGACAACACAGUCCAGAUUUAAAGAAUCUGACUUCUCGGUUGUAAGACAACAUGAAGAAUUUGUGUGGUUACAUGACAGAUUUGUUGAAAAUGAGGAAUAUGCUGGCAUCAUUAUACCACCAGCACCACCAAAACCUGACUUUGAGGCUUCACGAGAAAAAUUACAAAAGCUUGGAGAAGGGGAAGGAACUAUGACAAAAGAAGAAUUCACAAAAAUGAAACAGGAAUUAGAAGCGGAGUACUUAGCUACAUUUAAAAAGACUGUAGCAAUGCAUGAAGUGUUCUUGCAGAGAAUCGCUGCUCAUCCCCAGCUCAAAAAUGAUGUCAACUUUGAAGUAUUUCUCUCAUUUGACCAAGAUUUGAGUGUGAGAGGCAAAAACAAGAAAGAAAAGAUUGGUGGAUUUUUCAAAAGCAUUACCAAAACUGCUGAUGAAGUACUUUUGGCAAACCAAAAGGAUGUAGACGAGUUUUUUGAGUCUGAAAAAAGUUUCCUAGUUGAGUACCACAACAAAAUAAAGGACGCAACCCACAAAGCAGAUAGAAUGACUAAGUGUCAUGGAGAUGUAGCAGAUAAUUAUAUCCAAAUUUCCUCUGGUUUUGUGCAGUUGGCAACAGUUGAAAACACUGAGUUAGACAAAAUAUUUACAAGAGUUGCAGAGGCACUGGAAAAAACAAGAAAAUUGGAGGGUAGGGUGUCUACGGAUGAAGACCUGAAGUUGAGUGACACACUGCGGUAUUACAUGAGAGAUUCGGCUGCAGCUAAAGAUUUACUGUACAGGAGGGCUAGAGCUCUAGCAGAUUACGAAAACGCCAACAAAGCCUUGGAGAAAGCUCGCCUUAAAAAUAAAGAGGUGGCACAGGCUGAAAGAACCCAGCAAAUUGCUUGCGAGAGAUUUGAGAAAAUAUCAGAAGUAGCUAAAAAAGAAUUAACUGAGUUUAAAACAAGAAGAAUAGCAUACUUCAAGAAAAACCUUGUAGAUUUAGUAGAAUUAGAACUGAAACAUGCCAGGGCACAGACCCAGUUGUUAACUAACUGUAUAAAUGCUUUGAGGGAUGAUGCAUGAUUCAAUUUUGUAUCUGUGAUAAAUGCCAUUUUACAAUCACAAGUCAUGGGCCAACAUACCAAGGGUUGUAAGUUAAUUAGCUGAGACUGACCAAUGACAGUCGCUCACUAGAGGAUGACAUCACAGAUUGAUCAUUUUCAGGGUGAAUGAUGCAUCAACAUUAUUUUUACUCAUUUAGUUAUUAGAUGUACACCAUUUGUAUAAACUGUUUGUAAGUGUGAUGGUAUAUUUUAUGUCUACCAUUUUUUCUUCUCAACUUUUGCUAAUGCAUGAAAUCAGUUAUGAAUACAGAGAAGGAUUAAAUAAUAUGUUAAGAAAACGCGAGAAAUAUAAAAGGGUUAAUAAGUAUCAUUUUAUUUUUUAUUUGGAUAUUGUGUUUAUUUAUACGAUUAGCCAACUUAUAAUACAUGUAUGUAUACAGUUGAAACCUGUAGCUUUUGAUGCAUUGUUCUUUAGCAUUUAUACAUAUAUAAUUUUCUAAAUUUAUCAACAAGGUGAAGUUUAAGUUUUGAUUUUCAGUUGAAAUAUGUGUAGCAUUCCAUUGUACAUUGUUCGAAUCAUUUUGUAAUGCAGUCAUUUAACUUUGAUAUAUUUUUUUCUAAGCCUUAGUAGAGUAGCAACUCUGUUUCAAGAUGAAAUGUUCUCUUGUUAUUUUUAUGUACUUUACUGUGGUUAUUUUCUGGUGGUAAAAUACUCUAUUUUUGACAGUCAGAUCUAUUUUGUAUUCCGAGACCAUUAUACAAUGUAUCUGUAGCGUAAUAUGUACCUUAAUUUUAAUGUUUGAUGCAGUCUGGGCCAUUCAGUGAUUUACCAAAUGAAUACAUUCAUGUUCUGAACAAACCAAUUCUGUCAAUUAAAACAAAUGUGAUAUACAGUGCUAUUGCAGUCUUUGUAAAUAAUGUGAUAAUAAAAAGUUACUAGUCUGAAAAAAGUAAAUAA